AUGAGGCGGUGCUUCACUACGCGGCUCACUUUCCAGCGCCUACUCUGUGGUGACAAGCUGGCGUUGGAGAAUGCGGUGGCUGUACAAGAAGCGGCAUCCACAUUUCGUGCGCACUACCCGGUCGCACCGCUUCCUGUUCCCAUUGCGGCAGCGUUGGGAAGGAGUUACGUGCAGCGCGGUGAGCCGCGACGGGCGGUAGCGUUGCUAGCAUCCCAUCCCUCGUCGCGCAGCUUGGCGCGGGAGCUCAUCCAGUUACUUUCCCAAGACACCACUGUUGAGACGGAUGCGCUUCUGCAGAUGGUGGAGGCGAUUCGCGCUGUAUCAUCGGUGACAUCCUGUGAACUUCUUUGCUCUCUUGCAGGGAGGGUGCAAGAUGAGAAGAAGUUACAUGCGGUGAAGCAGCGAUUAAUGCGCGAGGUACGAGAGUCGCCCCAACUUGCAGGGACCCUGCUUCACCCCCUGUGUAAGGUAAGUGAUCUUGCCAACGUUGAGGACAGACGCAAUGCAGCUGAUGCGCUAGACAUUGCCUUGCAAAGGUCCUUUGUGAGUCCAAGGGACUAUGGCCAUGUGCUUGCGUUAUUGUCACGUGGUGGUGAGCACCGAAAGGUGCUAGCGUUGUGGUUGUGGAUGCGGCACUCUUCUGCUCGGUGGGACAAGACAGCGGCUUCCGCAAUAAUCAUCUCGGCCUCACUCUCGCGUAAAAUGAACGUGGCCAUUGGUGCUAUUCAAAGCCUAGCAGAAGCCAAUGAAGACCCCACUACAGAGGCGCAAAAGUAUUUUAUUCGCUAUUUGGCAUCCCGUUUCCCGCCCUUGUCGCGCUACGCGGAUCAGCUUGUCAGACAUUGGCACUCCGGCGCACAGCUCUGGACGACUGAGGCACGAGUGGUGGGUGUAGAGUUGCUCUUUGUGCACUACCACAGCAAGGACUUUCAGCGCCUGCGGGAGUGUCUUCUUGAUGCCGACGGGGAGGCGACCACAGACGAGGCGAAACAGGCAAUACUCAGGGUAAGGGGGAUUCCGUACAUCUUAAUACAUUUUGCUGCUGAUAUUGCUACAGAGCCAUGGCUUAAGAAUUUCUACCGCAGCGGCAUGCAGAUGAAAGACCUUGGAGACUUCCCACAGGUCCUCGCUGCACUUGGAAGUCUAGCACGUCACAUGAUGGAAGAAGUGAGUUUCGUGAGGGCUAUGCAAAGUGUUAAAAUGAGCGCUGAGGCCUUUGAGGUGGCGACUAAAUUUGUAGUGAAUGACAUACACUUUAAGAAUGCGGAGGAAACACUACAAUUUAUCAACAGAAUGGCGGAGGCCAUGUCACAAGAAGUGCCUGCAGACGUGAGCAGCUGGCUCCAACUACUUGGACCGAAUUGA